AUGACCACGUUCGCUGAUGAAACCUCUGGGAGUGUUGCUAUGGACAAAUCCUCGGGACUUGUGCGCGCUCUGGAUUUGAGAAUCAAACUCGCUGACCAGGGUCACGUGGACGAGGACAAGGUACCGUCGGUAGAUGAUAUUCUGGGCAUGAUUGCAAGCAGAAUGCACGCAAACUCGCAGAUUGACUAUCUGGCCCAAAGCGCAAGAGCCUGGAAAAUAUUGAAGGACGGUGCCUUAGCCAAGGCAGUUGGCGUGGAUGACAAAAAAGUUCAGCAGUUGGCGGAAGAGGUCGAAAAGACGUUCAAGCUGCGGCUAGAAGGUGGCAGACAGAGAAGGCCAGAACGAUCAAUGUUAGAACUUCUCCAAGAGCUUGCGCAUAACACUGUCCACAACCCUAGCUCCAGAGAGGACUUGAUGGCAAGGCAGGACAACAAAGACGAGCCAGACUCUCCUUUCGAUGGAAGGGAGCCAGCAACUCCCGAGGAAAUUGCGGAGCUAGAGAAACGGCUCAAGAUCACUCUUCCAGACGACUACAAAGAGUUUCUACGAAUAAGUAACGGCUUCGGAAACACGUGGGGUGGAAUCCUCCACAAUCCACCUUUGCAUCCCACCACAGAUGUCGACUGGUUUGGAGAUGACGAGGAUUACUUCUACGACCUUCCUCUGGAUCUCAUCGACUCCCAAAUCAACUACAUGACUCGCGACUAUCCCGUCAUUGCCGAGAUUGCGGACGACUGGCCAACUGUGGGUAUGGCGAUUGAUAUUGGGAACGAAGACAUCGACAGUAUAUGGUUGCUCCCUCCCGCAAACGUAGAGAAGCAAAGGGCUGCCUGCUUGGAAAUUCUCGACAACGAUGUCUACCCAGAGGAACUCAAGAGUAAGGUGCUAUCGUCUAUUGAGGAUUUUGCAGGUAGCCUUGAAAACUUCAAGAACCUGGAUUGGUGUUGUUUGACUUGGGCGUCUGGGGGAUCUGCACAGAUGGACUCGUACUCAAGCUUCAAGGAUUACAUAGCCACACAGGUGGUGAAUUCGGCGGAUGAAUAUUAUCCUCACGGCAAGGACGAAAACUACGAGAACAUAUGCUUUGCGUAUAGCUGUCGAUGA